CAAACCCCCGUUUCCCCCUUUCCUCCCCUCUCACACUCGACCUUCCAUCCCCUCUCCCUGCUUUGCUCUGAAAAGUCCAAGUUUUUCUCCAAUGGCGACCGUCUCUCCAACUCCUCUGUUGAAAGAUGAGCUCGACAUCGUGAUUCCCACGAUUAGGAACUUGGACUUUUUGGAGAUGUGGAGACCCUUUUUCCAGCCUUACCAUCUCAUCAUUGUUCAAGAUGGUGAUCCUACCAAGACUAUCAAGGUCCCUGAAGGCUUCGAUUAUGAGCUUUACAAUAGGAACGACAUCAACAGGAUUUUGGGUCCUAAGGCUUCUUGUAUCUCUUUCAAGGAUUCUGCUUGUAGGUGCUUUGGGUACAUGGUUUCCAAGAAGAAAUACAUCUAUACCAUUGAUGAUGACUGCUUUGUUGCUAAAGAUCCAUCUGGCAAAGACAUCAAUGCAUUGGAGCAGCACAUACAGAACCUGCUGAGUCCAUCCACUCCAUUUUUCUUCAACACUCUUUAUGACCCAUACCGAUCCGGUGCUGACUUCGUUCGUGGCUACCCUUUCAGCCUCCGUGAGGGUGUUCCCACUGCCGUCUCACACGGUCUCUGGCUCAACAUCCCGGAUUAUGAUGCUCCCACACAGCUUGUCAAGCCACUCGAGAGGAACACCAGGUAUGUUGACGCAAUAAUGACGAUUCCGAAGGGAACCUUGUUCCCCAUGUGCGGAAUGAAUCUGGCAUUUAACCGAGAAUUGAUCGGCCCUGCAAUGUACUUUGGACUCAUGGGAGAUGGUCAACCAAUUGGACGAUACGAUGAUAUGUGGGCUGGCUGGUGCACGAAGGUUAUUUGCGAUCACCUCGGAUGGGGAGUGAAGACCGGACUUCCCUACAUUUGGCACAGCAAAGCGAGCAACCCGUUUGUGAACCUUAAGAAAGAAUACAAAGGAAUUUACUGGCAAGAAGAGUUGAUUCCGUUCUUCCAAUCCGUUGCCCUUCCGAAGGACUGCACCACCGUUCAGAAAUGCUACAUUGAGAUCUCCAAGCAAGUGAAGGCGAAACUCGGCAAGGUCGAUGACUACUUCAAUAAGCUGGCGGAUGCUAUGGUGACAUGGAUUGAAGCUUGGGAUGAACUGAACCCAUCGGGCGAUAUAUCCGCCAAGAUUCCUAAUGGUGCUUCCAAGUGAAAACACAUCAUUGUGUGAAACGCCUAUUUUGCAGGUUGGAGGGAGAACCAUUUAUGUAUGUUACUACAUAUCUCAUAGUAUUUUAUCAUAUUUACUGAGCUUAGCUGAACAAUAAGAAAUUUAUGGUUUUAUGUAUUGUAUUAGACUUUGAGAGUUAGCUUCUAUAGUUUUUAAUUCAGAUGAUUGCAUUUCAAUUAAUUAAAAUCUCUUUUGUUUGAAAA